CAGACUGUUUCCACUGCAAUCUCUGGACCUACAGAGGAAACGUACCCUAUGAGGGUAACGCUGUUUCCUCUGGAAUUAAAACUGAAACUAGCCCCACUGCAUUUUCAGUGAGGACUGGGAGGGUGUGAGCCAGGUCAUUGAAACUGCAGUAGUCAGCAGUGACUGACGGGGCCUAGAGGGACAAGCCAGUUCCAAAGGGUAGAAAGGUCUGGAAAUAGGGUUUCCGGGGGAAGCUCGUCAGGGUUUAGAAGGCAAGGCUGGUUCUGCUUUCCUUGUCCUGAAUGUAGGUGGGAAGCUCUUCAGGGCAGGGUGUAUCUGCGUUGCUCGAGAGCAAUGGAUAGUACAGUGUGAUCUUUACCCAGCAUGGCAAACCUGAAAUGGCCUGGGCUGCAAAGCUGGGAUCUGGAUCUGAUCUCAACAGUUUCAUUGUCUCAGUGGGAUGUAACUUUUGAGGGAGAGGUCGUGGUUCCAGAUGCAGAAGCAUCCCAGGAGUAGCUGGGCCCAGUCUCAUGGAGGGUUUGAAUAUCGGGACCAAGACCUGGAACCAUUCUAUUCUGCUCUAUAUGGGUUCUUACAUUGUGCUCAUCACCAUAGUACAUGAGUGUCUUCCCGGUCAUGCAUUAAGCAACGGUGACUAACUAUCACAUGUUUGUCCUUUCCUCCUCUCCCCAGGGGAAGAAGUGUGUGCAGUGGGGUGUUUAGUUUUGGAUGUUUUAAUUUUUUAUUUUAAUAUAUAAUCUGUAUAUACACACAUUGCUGUCUAUGUACACUAGAGAAGGCAGGUUGAAGAAAUGUGCCUUGCAUUUGGAGCAGAAGGUAGGGAGGUUCGGGUUGGUUCUUCACUCCUGAGGGAGUUUGCUUGCAGUCUGGGGCUGGCCCCUGAAAAAAGCUGUCUCCUGGAGCUUUGUGUUCAGUGGGAGCUAAGUGCAGGAAGCAGGGCACUGGGGUGGUGUGUUAAUGGACAACGCCUGUGAUGAUAAGGAGAUGAGCUGUUGCAGAUCCAUGCAAAUAGCCAUCUGGUCCAUACCUGUAUAUAUUUUGCAGGCCCAGCAUACAGGCUGUUUUUUUGAAAAUUCAGCUCUGAAGCCCAUGUGGUACGUUCUGGCCUGUUUCACUUUCUGGUGCAGUUGUGGUGUAUGGGAUACCAGCUCUGUAGGAGAAUGUUCACUUUCAAACAACACACAAUUCUUUUCAAUGCAAUUUUAAAAGACCCCCCAGUGAAACAUCAGAACUCCUUAGCUCUGGGGUUCAACGCGAAGGAGAGGCCUUUCCAAAAGUCACGUGGGCCAAAGUAGCCUUGGUGUAUUAGCCCCCUGUAGAGAGCUGUGUUGCUGGUGGAGCCUGGCUGAGAUGCUCACAAGAAUCCGCAGCCCUCUUAAAAAUAGUAAAGCAUUGUACAGCCUCAGCCCAGAACAUACCCGUGUCUGACUAAGGAUUACAGGAUUCAGCUCUUCAGUUGGGCUGUUGCUGUAGAUUGCUGCAUUGUAAUGCUCAGGGCCUGCCUUCAUGGCUGAAAAAGCUUGUCUGUGUUUUUUACCUUGGGGUGGCUAUCACACAUGAGCCAGCCGGAGGUGAAAACACAGUGGAGACAAGGCGCUUUAUUUCGUUUUACCGCGGCCCCGCGGCCAGCCUGGGUUGAGCUCCAGUGUUGUGGUUAAACUCAAGUAAGUGCCUGCUCUUCACUGUGUUCUCCCUCGGGAUAGCUCGUGCAUGCUAGGAAGGUAAAAAGGCAGCUUUGUUAGAGAAGCCCAGUGAGGGCUGGAGUGGAAGCAGGAGUAAGCCUUUAUUGCCCACUACAGACUUCGAAUGUUUGUGUACUAACCAGCCGUGAUCAGGCAGCAGAACCCAGAGGCAGAUUUGGACAUCCCUGAGUUCAGGGCUGUUCAAAGCCAGGAUUGUGGUGCAGCCCUAUUAUAAAGAUAGAGGUAAUUUGCAAAAUUUGGAUGUGGACGUAGGGGUGGGUUUCAAGAUGUUUGGAUCCAGGGUUCAGGGUCUGUCCUGUCUCUGGUAAUAAACUCCUAAUAUUCAGUAGUAACUUAAAAUCUGUUGAGGGACAGUGGAGUCCCUAGAGAGAGAAACUGUGACCUUUGCUGCCUUUGUCUGUGAGGUGUGUGCGUCUGUUACUCCCAGCUUCCGUGUGAGGCAUCUCUGGGGAGGAAAUGCUGCUCCCCCUGAGCUGCUAGCUGCAGUAGUCAGCAGGCCUUUCAGGUCUCUGAGUAGCUGAGGGGAGUCCAGCGAGUCUGGGCAGCUCCCAGUAAUUAUUCAUUUGGUCUGAGAGCAGAUGUGCUGGAUCAGUGGGAUUUCUACAAACAGCUGUAGGGGUUUACUUAGCUUGAGACUCUCUCUUUCUUCUGUCCCUGUGCCUAGAGACUGUUGUUGUGCUCUGGGGAAAGGAUCUGAAUGUGUACUUUGUGGGGACUUUGCUUUCGGAAGGUGUGGGAUGGACACCUGACUAGCGAUCUGUGUCCAGAGCGUAACAGACUUAAGGCCAAAAUGUCUUCUCUAAAAGUUCAGUCCAGACGGCUCCUUUUUCUUGUCAGAUGAGGUGAAAGAAGAGCUGAAAACAGAAACCUCAAUUGUUUCUGUACUGCCUAUAACACACAGAUCACAGAGGCAUCCGUGUCCAAAUUGAGAGAGAGAGAGAGAGAGAGAGAGAGAGAGAGAGAGAGAAAAGAUAGAAUUCUUCCACCCAGGCUCUGAUCCUGGAUGCUGAACUACCUGGAGAGGACAUCAGUGACCUGGUCCCUGGGUACCAGCCCCUCUCUGCUCCUAGGGAAGGUUUCACUAGGUCCUGAGUCAGGUAAGAUACUAGUGACGUCAAUGGGAGUUUGGGUGAAUGUGGGCCUCAGGUUCUGAGCUAGUGGGAACAGCAGCUACUUCGUGCUGAGUUAUAAACGUCCCAGGAAAAACAUGGGUUUACACUUGGAAAAGUUGUGGACAACAUUCAUGCCGUGUCGUGACUCCUGCUACACAUCAGCGAGACGGCUUCCUUCCUUGGUCCAGGGGAAGCUGCUGGACUGCAGCCCUAUGGUCCAGAGUGCUUCUGACAUCGUCUGGGAGCUUCCGUUUCCUAAAACGGGACCAAGGAAGGACACAUCUGGGAGGGCAAGAGACACGGGCUCAGGUGAGGUGCCCCUCGUUGCAUGAGAGCUGCUGGACAGGUUUAGGAGAGAGGGGACAGGGGAGAGGGGGAAAAAAACCCUUGUCGGAAUAAGAGAGAGAGAGGAGGAAAAAACCGAGCCCGCCCUGUCUUUGUUCUUUGGCUCAAGGAUGUGCGUCCCAGCUGGCAACCCACAGCUAAGGAGGCCCCAGGGUGACAUUAAGGAUGUAUGUUUGCGACAGUGAUGAAAUUCAGGCUGACACAAGGCGUGAGAUGCUGAGGAUUAAGCAGAGCAGACCCCAUUUUGUGCACUGGUGUGUUGCUGUGACCCUGGCUGUGCUGGCAGGAGAAUGCUCUAAGCAGCCGUUCUCCCGCUUCUGCAUCAGUGGAAUGGGAUCAGGCCCCAAGCAGAGAUUGGGGCCCUCCGCAGAACUCGUUGUUGGCCCCUCUUUGUUCCCCGACAUGUGUGUGCCCCAGAGAAAGAGCAUGACCCCUAGUGGGGAGCUGUAGGGAAAUGGAGGGUUCUGUUUUUAGGCAAAAUGAAGACUUUUAGAACCAGUUGCAAUUUGAAAAAUCACUUUAGUGAUAACACUGUUGCCUGCACCCUGUACAGGGCUUUGAGACCCUGUUCAUCGUGACAUUGCUGGUGGGGUGUGGAGAAUUUAAUUUUGUGGGUGACAGACUCUCCCGUACUUAAACCACCAACUUAUCUAAAGUUAUAAAUGUUUGAUGAUCUCUAAAUGGGUGACAGGUCCAAUUGGGCCGUCAGUGAUGCUGCUGCAAUCGCAGCGAAUUCACUGGCUUUGUCUGUAAUGAAGAUGUUUUCAGUCCUUUUCUAUGUUAUCCAUUUGUUGUUGUUGUUAGUUACUGAAAUCUGCAAAACACUUUGGAAGGGCCCUGCUCGGAUUGGAUUCAAUGGGAGGAGGGCUGGGGGCUCUUGAUAAUUAUGAAUAUUGUAAAGCUGGGCCCAAUAACCUAAUAGUUAUUUCAUGUAUGGGAGCAGGAUCAGGCCCAAAGCUGCAGCCUUGUGUCCUUUAGAUCCACAGUAGCUGUGUCGUUCUCAGUGAAUCUUUGCUGAUUAGGAAAAGGGGAAGCUGGUGCUGAAUCUAGCUGGAUGAGGGGAAGUUAGACCAAGGAGGAGGAAAUUCUAAUUCGACACAUUUCUCACCCCUAGAGCUGAUGUGCUGUGUUCAUCCAGAAUGGGUCAGAUCCUACUUCCGCUGCAGUGAAUGGCAGUUACCAUUGACUUCAAUUGGAGCAGGAUUGGGCCUUCCCUCGGCCAGUCCUCACAACUGAGCAGUACCAUUGCAGAGAACUAGAAUAAACCACAUCUCCUGGGCCAGAUUCUGCAGCUCUCGCUCGGUCUCUGUUGCAGCCAAGCCCCCUUGGGAUUCAGUGGGAGUUGCAGCUGAGUGUGGACUGCAGGACUUUGCUCCUACUGGCUGUUUGGUUGGUGUAUUUUAAUAUUGCUUCCCCAGCUCAUCCUAUUGCCCUGGGCUACAGGAAAAAUCCCCUCUGUGCAUUUUUUCAAAGGAAAAUAACCAGUCUAGUGGCAAUAUGGGGACUUGGUUUUCCCUGGUAGUUUCGGCUUUUUGGAAACAUCUCAUUCCUCCAGUGUGAUUGGAGACAGCAGCUUGAAAUUCAGAACAAGAAACUCAGCUCUAGAUUAAGGAUGUCCAGUCUGUUAGAUUGGUAAUUCUCCUUUCACGUACACCAGUAUAAAUUGGGAGCAGCUCCACUGAAGUCACUGGCGUUGCACCUGCGUGAAACUGGCCUGACUAAUGCCGCAAAGUGCUGAUCAGAUCAUGACCAGGCCCCGUCCUGAAUGGUGUAAAGAGCAACAACGCUGAGGAGAAUCAGAGCCGUGUGUGAAUCUCAGCAGGACGGGCUACAGAAAGGGACUGAUGCUGCAUUCAUUCCAGUCGGUGGAAUCUUUCCAUUAAUGUCCAUGGGCAUUGGACCAGGCCUUAGAAAGCCGCUAAGCGGAUGUUCAGUUGUGGUUGCAUUUAGUAGGUUACGCAGCCCAGUUUGUCUUUCUCAGACUUUACUUGGCUGUAUGUAGUGGGUGGCUAAAUUUCUCUCCUGUUGUACCUCAAGUCAUUUCCGCAGGCCAGCAUGAAAAGAGACAAGUGCCAUGGCGAUGGGGAGACAGACUGCAGGGCAGAGCUGGUCUUUGUCAACGGAGGCUGCAGUGACCCUGCUGAAGAUGAAGCUUCUCCCCCAGCUCUGGAAGCAAAUGGGACGCCUGAUACACAAGAUGCUAUGGACCUACGAUUAGUGUCCACUAGAAGCAAGAAGAUUGGCAAGGAAGACCUCUCCAAGCAAGACCUGUCUUGGCCCGUGAAGCUCAGGGAGGCUCCGGAGGUGCGACUGCGCGGUGCUGCCGGCUGGGAGAGCAGCCUGAGGCAGAAGCCUCCAGCUCGCAGGAUAUUCCAGGCAGGAGUGAAUCUCCAGGAGACCAAACUUAAAGAAGGGAAUGACCUGGAGCGUGACAGGGAGUCCCUGGCUCCCAUUCGGUGCUCCAAGAGGAGGACGGCCAUGUCUGUCCAGGGACCCCUGAUCGACCUGACAGAGGAGGAUUCCAAGGAGUCCUCCCAGAGCAGCAGCACCACGUCUGCCAGCAGCAGCCAGGAGGACCAGAACGGAUCCCCCGAGCUUGUCGCUGGGGAGCAGGAGAGCAGAGUUGCAGGGGAAGUGGUGGAAUACCAGGAUGGGAAAGAUUUUGGAAUUGGGGAGCUCGUGUGGGGGAAGAUCAAGGGCUUCUCCUGGUGGCCUGCAAUCAUCGUCUCCUACAGAGUCACGUCCAAACGUCAGGCAAUCUCUGGAAUGCGCUGGGUGCAAUGGUUUGGGGACGGGAAGUUCUCUGAGGUUUCAGCAGACAAGCUGGUGGGUCUGAUGGCUUUUAGGCAGCAUUUCAACCACUCCACGUUUAAUAAGCUGGUCUCCUAUCGACGAGCCGUACACCAUGCCCUAGAGGUUGCAAGGAGCCGGGCAGGGAAGACGUUCCCAGGCACCGCGGGGGAGUCUCUGGAAGAGCAGCUAAAGCCCAUGAUUGACUGGGCGUUCAGCGGCUUCAAGCCCAUGGGAUGCAAGGGACUGAAACCGCCGAAAACUCCAGAGAACGGAGUGGCUCCCCUCAAGAACGGCAUUGACGAGGUCUGUGCCCCUGAACACUGCCCGCCGGCCAAGCGACUAAAGACUAACUUCUGCAACAACAGCAAGGAGCGGGUGGAGGAGGACCAGAGCAGAGAGCAAAUGGUUUCCGAAGUCACAAACAACAACAGGAGCCUUGAAGACAGUUGUUUAUCGUGCGGGAGAAAAAACCCAGCCACAUUCCACCCGCUGUUUGAGGGGGGCCUUUGCCAGACUUGCAGGGAUCGAUUCCUGGAGCUCUUCUACAUGUACGACGAGGACGGGUACCAGUCUUAUUGUACAGUGUGCUGCGAGGGCAAGGAGCUGCUGCUGUGUAGCAAUGCCAGCUGCUGCCGGUGCUUCUGUGUCGAAUGCUUGGAGGUCCUGGUAGGGCAGGGUACCUCGGCCAAGGCAAAAGAGCAAGAACCCUGGAGCUGUUACAUGUGUCAACCACAGAAGUGCUAUGGGGUGUUACAGCGCCGACCGGACUGGAAUGUACGGCUGCAAGACUUCUUCACCAGCGACAAAGGACAGGAAUAUGAUGCGCCUAAAAUCUACCCGGCGGUCCCUGCAACAGAAAGGAGGCCAAUCAGAGUGCUGUCCCUGUUUGAUGGCAUAGCAACAGGUUACCUGGUUCUGAAGGACCUAGGCAUUAAAGUGGAGAAAUACAUCGCCUCUGAGAUUUGUGAAGAUUCCAUUGCUGUGGGAACUGUCCGGCAUGAAGGGAACAUCACAUACGUGCAUGAUGUCAGGAACAUAACCAAGAGAAACAUUGAGGAAUGGGGUCCUUUCGACUUGGUGAUUGGUGGAAGCCCCUGUAACGAUCUCUCUAUUGUGAAUCCUGCCAGAAAGGGUCUGUAUGAAGGCACUGGAAGGCUGUUCUUCGAGUUCUAUCAUCUCCUCAAUUACGCCCGUCCCAAGGUGGGGGAGGAGCGCCCCUUCUUCUGGAUGUUUGAGAAUGUCGUGGCCAUGAGAGUCAAUGAUAAAAGGGACAUUUCUCGAUUUUUGGAGUGUAACCCAGUUAUGAUCGACGCCAUCAAGGUAUCAGCCGCACACAGAGCGCGCUAUUUCUGGGGCAACCUGCCUGGGAUGAACAGGCCUCUGGUAGCUUCCAGGACUGAUAGAGUUGAGCUUCAGGACUGCCUGGAGUACAGUAGGAUAGCAAAGUUGAGAAAAGUGCAAACCAUAACGACUAAAUCCAACUCCCUCAGGCAGGGGAAAAGCAUGCAGCUCCCAGUGCUCAUGAAUGGGAAAGAAGACAAUUUGUGGUGCACUGAGUUAGAAAGGAUUUUUGGCUUCCCCCUUCACUACACGGACGUGUCCAACAUGGGGCGUGGAGCUCGUCAGAAGCUACUUGGGAGAUCGUGGAGUGUCCCGGUCAUUCGGCACCUGUUUGCCCCGCUCAAGGAUUAUUUUGCCUGUGAAUAACAGGGAUUCCCUUGUCUCUUCUGGUAAAGACGCACUAGCUCAACUGCCUGUGUGGGAGAGGGAAGGAAGAGAACGGCCCACAAGCUCCAUUACUUGGUAGGAAAUGGUCCCCCGAGCCACACGCUUUGGGAAGGAAGUGUGCCCCUGCAGGGAGAGCGUAGGAAACUUUCUUUAACCAAAGAACCUGUUAGGGUGACUUUUUCAAAGGGACAGAAGACAACGCUCUUUAGAAAAUACCGAACACAGAAUCUAGCUUACCCCACCCAGGAGAGCAGAGUAUGGUGGAUGAGACCACUGUGUCUCACACAGAGCAUUAACCAUUCCAUUUUACUGUACAAUUGAAAAGUAGUGAUUCAGAGGCUGGGUGGUGAAAGCCGCUGGUUGGCGUGCUGCAACCAUACUUGAAAUAGGUAGAAACACGGCUUUUGUGGAAAAAAACCAGCCUCUCAAAACAGUUGCUAAGAAAUCAGAACUGUAGCCACGGGUAUAAAGAACUCGGUCAGGUUACAUACACUGAACAAACCAGCAGGAUACAAGAACCAAAUAGCUUUUUACUUGUUUUUAUUUGUUAAAGUUUAAUUUUGUUUUUAAACUUUUGUUGCUGCUUUAAGGCAUUACAUGAGAAUGUGGAAAUUCCUAGACGUGAAUGUAGCUGAAACUGAACUGUGAGGUGAUAGAAUUACUGUUCUAGUUAGAGCUAAAGAAAUGUUGUUGUUUGUGUUUGGCUGUAGUUUUACCAAUAUUCGCUCCUUCCUUUUUAAAACAUUCUUCUAAUUUUUACAUUAAGAACAGCUGAACAGCUAGAAAGGUAAAACAUUCAUCAGUUUCUGGAGGGUUUGGGCCCCAAAUCCAAAAGGAAAAUGUUCUCUUAACGUUUUGCAAACGAAUGUGCUGAAAUGGGCAGGAAGGGGCAGCACUCAUGUUCAAUGCUGGUUUUUUUUUGUUUUGUUUUUUUUUUAAAACCUCAAAACUUUAUUUUUAUUAACAGUUUUAUAAACCUGAACAGUGUUGCCAACAUAGUGUUGCCCAAUCCUGAUCCCACUAAGUCACCAGGGGUGAAAUCCUGGCCCCAUUGAAGUCCAUGGCAAGACUCCCGUUGACGUCAGUGCAGCCAAGAUUUCACCCUAGGAAUUUUGCCCUGGGCUUUGGCCUGAUUCUUCUCCUGGGUUAGUCAGUGGUGCUUUCGCUGCUGACUACAGUGGGGCUGGAGCAGGCCUGUGUUAAUGGAAAAGGGAAUCCUCCUGCCAUGGAGUAAACUCUCAACACCCCCCAUCCUCCCCCGGGAGAGUCAGUUUUUAUUAUAAGGUCAAUCAGACAGAUUCCCACUGUUCUUAUGUCAUCUGCCAUCCCUGCACAUACAGCUAAUGUCUGUUAAGAAGCAUAGAGGGACAUAUUUUUACUCUGAUCUUUGCCCGCCCACAGGCACAAAAUGGUGUGCACAUAGGUGGGACAGCUGGGCCUCCACCUGCACCAGUUGUGUGCAUGGCCCCGGCCUUAGCAGGUGCAAUCACCUACCCAUUGUGAAGUGGAUGAUGCCCUUUGCUGAGUUGGGUUUGACCCGGGUUGUAAAUCUGGCUUCAGGCUGAACAACCAAAUAUGGAUCUAGUGCCACUGGAACCUUCCUGUCUAUUCCACUGCCAUGCUCUCAGAAAGGGACGUCCCAGUCAGGUCUGGCCAUCAUGAUGGUGGGUAGGGCAGACCUGCUGCCCCAGCACCUUGCUGAGGGCCUCACCUUCUUUCCUGCCUUUACUGGAAAAAAACAAACAUUUGAAAUGUUGAAAGAAAGUCCCAAGACUGACUAGCACUCGCUGGACCCUGAAUCGGAUAAAGCCUGGACCCAAAGAUUUCAGCUAUCAAAUACGGUAACCAUGGGCCGGGCAAGCUAGUGUGUAGGGCUGUUCUGCGUAUCGUACAUAUACCGUGAUGAACAGUCUCUCUCACAGAUCUACUAAUGACACAGGAUCCUUUGAUAGGAAGUCAGACAUUUUUCCCCACAGAGCUUCUCCUAAAAGUGGCACCUUCAUGUCCGUAUUGCCAUGCUUUGAAACAAUCUAGGACUCCAGCUCCUCUGUCUUCUCCUAGCUCUGGUCUUCACUCAAAACAGUGGCCCCAGUGAAGUGUAGCACUUUUUAUGCUCAUGCUCAAUAGAACACGUGCUUCUAGGAGUGCUUUGCUGAAUUGCAUUAAGUGUUGCUAUAUCUGAUUUGACUGAAAGCAAAUGCCAUUGUAUCUAAGAAAAGGCUCAAGCAAGAGACAGACCAAUGGACUCUGGAUAUUCGUUGGAAAGGCUUCCAUUUCUAAAUUAAGAGAAGCCUCUGUCUCCUAUGGCAAAGUAAACAUCGGCCUGGCCCCCAGACAAUCUUGCAGGCAUUGUGAAAAGCUAGGCAAACAGAAGUCUUUCUGCAUUGUGCUCAGCAGCAUUCCUAAAGGGCAGCCUCCACUUUAACAAGGAUCCUUGAGAAAUGAGAGCUUCCCUCUCUCUGCUCCUCCUUGAUAGCAGGAGACCCCUGUGCAUUUCCUUCCCAUGUCCUAGAAGAGGGCAUCAUCCCCAGAGGAUGAAGACUCUCAUGUUUCCCACUCCUCUCAUGGUGUAGCUUACCCUGUGUCGAGCUGUUUUUGCAGCUUGUUUCCCACCUCCAAGCGCAGCUGCAGCCUGCCUCCUCUCGAUGCCCAGGUCGAGAGUCUGUUGGGAACUGACAGCAGGGGGAAGCAGGGCACAGCCAUGGGAGACAGGUUUUCCCACGGAGGAGAGGAGAGACUGAGUAGCGCUCUCCUCUCGGUCCUACCCAGUUGCACUUGGAAACCCUGUCAGUUAGCUGUUCCCAGGGGACCUCCACUUGAGAAUGCACUGAUUGCCAAAACGCUGAAGAAAAACCAAGCAGCGCUCUCCUGUGUGCUACCUCCAUUCUUCCUAAGCAACUCAGGGACAAGCCUCAGCCUAUCAUCUCCCUUUGUCAUCUCACACCCAUAAACUAUACAGAUGUGACUCAGGAGACACAUGGGGCCAGAUUUUCAAGUGAUGUAGGUGUUCAAAAUGCUCUUCUCACCUGAGCAUGCAACUGACAAGUCUGCACACAGUAAUGCACAUGCAGCUGCCUAAUUGGGUGCCUCUGUGUGCAAAGUUGGAGGAACUCCACAUGCAUUUGCAUGCCUACCUCGGCUGAAACUCUUGAACUAAAAGCUAAACUCUGAACCCUAAACCUGUUCUGGACCUAGAUUAGAACACUAAUUCCUCAUCCCAGCCCUGAGCUGGGAAAGCAUUUUAUAGUCCCUGAGCUUCAAGGGGGUGGACCGCAGAACCCCACAGAGAAGAACAGAGUUUUGCAUGUUUGCUGGAGUCUGCCUACAUGGAGCUCAUGGCAGAACUGAGACUUUAGAUUCAAAUGAGAUAAGAAGAUUACAAAAUCCCCAUGUGAGUCCUCCAACUCAGCUUUAUCUUUGAAUUCUCUACCCCAGUUUUUAUAUCCUUCCCUUCCUCAUCAAAAGAAAAAUAAAUACAAUACAGAAGUUUUGGAAAGCAAACAAAGAUUAGGAAAAGAGGAAUAAGAGUUGUCUUGGCAUUAAAUUUACAUGAAAAAUUGUAAUCUUCCACAAAAUAUUUUUUUCCCUGUUAAAUCUGCCUUUUAUUAUGUGUUUAUACAAAUGUUUUCAGGAGAGAGCUGCAUUUCAGGAAUGCUAUUUUAAUGAUUCUUAAAGGCCUUUUACUCUCAUUGGUGCUAUUUUUUUAGACUAAGGAUUUUAAUGUCAAAACUUUUGUGGGUGAUCUUUUAAAAUCACGACAAGCUUGUAUUUUUGUUGUGUUGCAAUAAUUCAUGUUUUCUGUAAAAUUGGCCUAGUACCAAAGUAUGAAAAAUCAAAACUGUGCCUUGUCUAAACAGUUUACUCAUUUUCUUAUGGAAAAGAAGAAAGAUCAAUGCCCAGAGUUUACCUUAACAUUUAUCACAGUUUAAUUAAAAUCAGUAUUUCUAUA